AUGAUGUUGUUGACCUACAUUGUGGCUUUUUUAACCACAACUGUUUUGGCAGCUCCCUUGAAGAAAAAAAGCACCGACCUCAGCGCACUCGACCAUGUUGAUUUGUUCUACGGUACUGAGAAUGGUGGAAACAUGUUUCCUGGGGCUACUCGUCCAUUCGGAAUGGCCAAGAUUGGUGUUGAUGUGUUGGAUUCGAACUUUGGUAAUGCUUAUUCUGGUUAUGCUCCCGGCGGGGUGAUUACUGGUAUUUCGAUGAUGCAUGAGAGUGGAACUGGUGGUGCUCCAGAGUAUGGUGUCGUUGCCCAAUUACCCAUUACGAAAAAUUUCAACUCGCAAGAGCAAGUUUCGUUGACGAGAUCGCAGAAGGACACUGCGCACGUUGGAUACUAUGCAGUAAACACCAGUAAUGUUGAUAUUGAAGUCACUGCCGGGGAACGGUUUGGUAUUUUGAAAUACAAUUACAAAAACAUUAGUGAGACAUCAAAUGCUCAAAUUCUCGUCAAUGUUUCGCAUCAUCUCACUGCACCGGAUAGACCAUGGUGGACGCAAUACUUUGUCAAUGGAUCCAUUGACGCUACUACAAAAGGUUACACAGGAGUGUCGACUUUUAGAGGUGGUUGGGGUGAUCAAUCUGCUUGGAACAUUUAUUUUUGUUGCAAUUUCUCCCAAGCAGCUGAUUCUGUGUCAUCAUUUGAUAAAAAUGGUGUUACCAAGGAUCAAACGUCGACAUCAUCCACUGUCGAAGACGAUUCUUUUGGCUUGAUUUUCAACUUUGGCCAAGACCAAGAGGUUGUAUCUCGCAUUGGAAUUUCUCACAUCUCGGAAAAGCAAGCUUGUUCAAAUAUCAAUUACCAGCAAGACUUUGGAGCCUUGUUAGACGAAACAAGAGGCGUUUGGGCCAAUGAGUUGUUUGAUACAAUUGAAUUGGAGGGUGAUAGUGAAACCAUAGACAAAUUUUACACCAAUUUGUAUGGCACCCACUUGAUCCCCACAAACAAGACUGGAGAGAAUCCAAAUUGGCAAACAGCUGGCACAUACUACGAUGAUUUUUUCACCAUUUGGGAUUCUUUCCGCUGCUUGAACCCCAUGUUGAAUGUCAUCAAUCCAGUAAGAGGGUCCGAAAUUGUGCAAUCAUUGGUUAACAUCUACAAGAAUGAAGGGUGGACGCCGGAUGGUAGAUCAGCUAACCAAAAUGGAAGAGUUCAAGGUGGCACAAAUUCUGACAUAGUUAUGGGUGACGCAGCCGUCAAGGGAAUAAAAAAUAUUGAUUGGGCAGCUGCGUACUCUGCAAUGCAGCACAAUGCGGAGACCACUCCGCCUUAUUGGUAUGAUCUGUUUGCUCCUGACGCAUCUACGAAACAAGGCAGAGGUGCACUUCCUGACUGGUUAAAGUAUGGAUACAUCACCAGAAAGUAUACCCGGUCGGUGAGUCGUACAGUUGAGUACGCUUACGACGACUUUGCCUUGUCACAAGUUGCAAAGAAGUUGGGGAAUCAAGAUGAUUAUGAAAAGUAUUUGUCCAGGGCUGCCAAUUGGCAACGAAUUUGGAACAAAGACGCUUCUGCUGAUGGGUACAGCUACACUGGGUUUCUUCAACCGCGUAAUGCUGAUGGGACAUUCAACUCAACCAACUAUGAUCCGUUUUCUUGUGGUGGCUGCUACUGGGGCGAUGACGAGUAUGAAGGAAAACCGGUUGAAUAUGUGUUUGCUGUGCCUCAUGAUAUUGAAACUUUGAUUUCAUUAAUUGGCGAUAAUGAUACAUUUGUGCAACGGAUCAAUGAUUUGUACCCUUUGCACGGAAAGAAAGUGGCCGAUGUUGGUAAUGAGCCUAGUUUUCUCACUCCAUUCUUGUUCAACUAUGUUAAUCAGCAAUACAGGUCAGUGGAAUUGGUCAACUACAUUUUAACCAAUGAUUUCAAACUGGGAAGUCAAGGGUUGCCGGGCAACUCUGAUGGAGGAGCAAUGCAAGCGUGGGUUAUAUUCAGUAUGAUUGGAUUGUAUCCAGUUGCUGGAACCACAACUUAUUUGAUCACUUCACCAUCAUUGAACAAUAUUAAGUUGAAGUUGGACAAUGGUGCCACUUUUGAAGUUAGAGCCAACAACUUGUCAAACGAAAACAUCUAUGUGCAAAGCUUGAAAGUAAAUGGUCAAGAUUGGAAACAAAACUGGGUCGACCAUGAUACUUUGUUUGGUGGAAAAGGUGGUUCAAUUGAGUUUGAAUUGGGAAGUGAUGCCAAAGUUUGGGAGUCAGGCCCAGCUCCACCAAGUGCUGGACAUUACACUGCCUCCAAUUAG